AUGGUCAAACCUUUGCAUUUAAAUUUUAUAUUAAUUAAAUGUAUUCUUGCCAAAUCUACUGAUAAUAAUAAAAUAAAUAAUUUUUAUGAUAUAUUAAUUACUAUUUUAAUGAUUAUUUCUUAUUGCAGAGAUAACCUGUACCGACUGACGUUGAAUUCCCUGACGCCUCUAGAGCACGCGUCGUGGCCAGCGCCACCGGAAAAAGCGACCGUGUGCCAAGACAAAGGUCAAACCGCUCUCGACUGUCACAAUUACAUCAAGGUCCUGCUUACUAAUGGCAAGAGUCUCUUUACCUGCGGUACCAAUGCCUUCAGCCCACAGUGCACAUGGCGUGAGAUUGAAAAUAUCAACAGCAUAACAAGUUCAGUUUCUGGUGUCGCAAUGUGUCCAUACUCACCCCAGGCGAAUGUAACGGCAUUGCUGGCAAAAGAAAAUGCCGGUCUAUUUGCUGGCGCGCCGACAGAUUUUUCCGGUACUGAUGGAACUAUUUACCGGACAUUAGCGUCACCAAGUCUUCGCACGCAGCAGUACGACUCGAGGUGGCUCAAUGACCCACAGUUCGUUGGAAGCUUCGAAACUGAAGACCAUGUUUACUUUUUGUUUCGUGAAAUAGCUGUUGAAUACAUCAACUGCGGAAAGAAAAUAUAUUCUCGAAUAUCCCGAGUGUGCAAAAAAGACCCAGGAAGUCCAACAGUCCAACGGGGAAUAUGGACAACUUUCAGCAAAGCCCGACUGAACUGUUCCCUUCCUGGUGAAUUUCCGUUCUACUACGACGAAAUCCAAGGCGCAGCUUACCACCCAGAGGAAGGAAUAGUCUACGCAACCUUCACAACUCCCAGCAACGCAAUUGCCGGCUCUGCGAUAUGUUCAUUCAACAUGACCGCGAUAAAUCAAGCAUUCAACGGCCCCUUCAAGCACCAAGAGCAUUCAGGAGCAGCAUGGGAGAAGAAGCGAGUGCCGAACCAGUACCGCCAACAUUGCGGGCGCCUCGAGCAGCCCCCAGCCCACCAAAUAUUCGACAACCAACGUUACCAACUGAUGGACGAAGCCGCCCAAGGAACCACUUCAUCACCCUUGCACACAACCACUCUGGAACGCUUCACUCACAUCGCAGUAGACGUAACACCAACAAAAAUCCACCGCGGGGUCACGGUCCUCUACGUAGCUACCACCGAAGGACUGAUCAAGAAGAUAUCAGUUCUUCCUAGGACACAAGAAACUUGCAUCGUCGAAGUUUGGGGUCCAUUUCCUUCACCGGCAAUGACGCUCCAGUUCUUGAAAGACUCCCAGAGUCUCUACGUAGGAAUGGAGACUGGCUUACUCAGGAUUCCCGCUGCCCAGUGCCACAGACACAAGAAAGAGCAGGCUUGUCUGAACGCCCAAGAUCCCUACUGUGGCUGGAACGCGCAUUUGAUGAAAUGCGACCAAGCACCCACGCAGAACUACUUAGCGAAUCAUUGGCGCCAAGAAGUGACAACCUGCCCAGUUCUAACCGACCCGGUAGAUGGCGGCUGGAGCGCCUGGAGCACCUGGUCGUCUUGCCAACACGGAACAGCCGAAAUGGCGACGGGCCACAACAUCAGGUCACACUUGCGCCCGCACAUUGAUACAGAAAGCCCGGACACAUGUCAGUGCCAAACUCGCGAAUGCAACAACCCGCCUCCACAAAAUGGCGGCUCCCAAUGCACGGGUACGCGCAUCAAGGUCGCCAACUGCACAGUCCAUGGUGGCUGGACAGCGUGGUCCGCCUGGUCAGCCUGCUCGCAAACUUGCGGCUUCGCUAUCAAAACCCGCAGACGAACUUGUACGAAUCCUGCACCCGCUUACGGGGGGCGCGUUUGCGUUGGGCAUGAUCACGACGAAAUCGUCUGUAUCGACCUCCCACCUUGUCCUGUUCCAGCCAAAGCUCCACCCCCACCCCCUACUCAAUCAAUCGGCGUUUGGUCACCCUGGGGUUCCUGGAACAGCUGCUCGCGCAAUUGCAACGGCGGUAUCAGAAUCCGCAAAAGAACUUGCGACAAGCCACCGUCGUCUACGGCUUCGUCAACUCCAGAGUGUUCUGGAUGUAGCUUCCAGAUCGAGGAUUGUAACACUCAUUCCUGUUCAGAAACUCGACGCUAUUCCUGGACGCCCUGGCUGCUUAUAAACGGCAGCCAGACUUCCAUGGGAGUCACGGAAAAACGGUACAAGUUCAGUUGUCGGGCCCAAACUGAUGACCCUGCUUCAGUUAAAGUUGCCUUGGCCAAAGAGGAAGAGCGGCACUGCAAGGAUGGUAACUGUCUCAAGAACUCGGUUUUCAGUCCUACCAACAACAAUUUCGACAAUACCGACGGCUGGUCAGAGUGGUCGCCUUGGUACGCGUGCAGUCGGGCGUGUAAUGGUGGCUCUCAGCACCGGACGCGUUCCUGUGAGUCGCCACCUUGCGAGGGUGUCAAUAUCCAGACGAGGAUCUGUAAUAUGAACCCUUGCAAAGGAGAAUCAGAGACUGGGAACGGGGAUGACGAUGAGUUCGUUCAAAGGAGUGGAAGAGGAGAGUGGUCAUGUUGGACAGAUUGGUCAGAAUGCUCGGUCUCGUGUGGCGUGGGCUUCAGAACGCGCACGCGUGAGUGUCUAGUGGAUGCUAGUUCCGCGGCGUCAGGAUCGGUGGCGCUGUCCGGCUGCGAGGGCAUCAGUGUCAUGCGCGAAACCUGCGAAAUGCCCAGCUGUGCGUCUUUGUUCGGAUGGGACAAAUGGAGCGCUUGGUCCGCUUGUGACGGACAGACCCAGUUCCGGAAGAGGCAGUGCUUGAUGGAACCCGGUGAUGGAAUUUGUGAGGGUUCUAGUCGCGAGGUUCGCAAGUGCUGGAACAUUGAAGAUGGCGAUGACGGUGUCAGUGUCUUGGGAGCUCCUGAUUGGGGGAAAAAUGACAUUCUUACCAAUGCUUUGCCCAGGAGUGUACAUGUCGCCGGAAUUUCUGUGGGAGCGGUAGUGGGAGGGUGUAUUGCGGGAUUCUUGUUGGGGUUGGCGCUGACUGCCAUGAUGUGCUUCUUGUACUUGAGGAGGAGAAAACCGGGGGUUCCUGGAAGUCCUCAUUAUAUCAGCAAGCAGAAUCCUUAUGUUGCUGUUCCGCUUAAAGAGGUUAACGCUAAGAGGCAACCAAGUUUCUCCGGCACAAGUAAUGGAAACGGAACGCUGAGGAACAAAACUAACCCUAAUGUCAACGGCCUGGGAAGUCCCAAAUUGUAUCCUAAAGCUUUGGAUUACGAGUCUGCUACUUUGAAGAGGAAUAGUCAUGGUCAGCAGCACAUACGAGCUGAUUUGGACCAGGAAAAAUAUUAUUAA